AAAUAACAGCUGGUAAUUUAUUGCUUUUCUAAAUAAUUGCAUUGCAUUGCGCACAAAUCGAAUAACAGAAUCACAGAAUCACAGAAAUCAAGAGCUACCAUGACGGAUGAGACACAAAUUCCAGAACAAAUAUUAAAUAAUAAAAAUAAACACAGUGUACGAUGUAAUUAUUGCUAUUCAUUAAUACUGAAACCACAAUUAGGAGAGUAUGUUGAGCAUGAGUUCGAAAUGCCGCUAAUGCAGCAAAAACAUCGGAAAGACACUGAAAUUAUUGAAACGGAGGUACUCAAAAACUUCUGGUGUAUUGAUGAUAUAUUCACCUUCGAGAAUAUUGGCUUCUCCAAUACUGUGGACAACCGUAAAUUCUUGAUAUGUGCCGACUGUGAGAUGGGACCGGUGGGUUAUCACGAAAUAGCAAAUAAAAAAUGUUAUAUAGCAUUGAAACGUGUUAGACAUGGCAGUGAACCAGACGCCGUAAUGGAGCCAGUAACCGAUGAGGAAGAGAAUGAUGUAUAGAAAAACGAAUGUGCAUAUGUACGUACGACCGUACAUGUGUUUAUAGAUGUAACAUAAAUAUUUGCCAUUUGGGGAGCAACCAAAGACAGUGUAUGUAUAAAAAUUAUAAACAUACCUGUGC